CUCUGGUUUAAAACUGAAACGAAACAACUCCAAAGCAGUCACACUGUUGGCUGUUGUCAAUUUAGUUUGACACUUUGUUUGAGUAUAUUUAAAAAUGGAGGGUUCUGUAUCAAAUGUGGAGGUCUGUAAUUUUGCUUACACGGGGCAGUUUGAGAAAUUAAAACAGUGUAUUCUGUCAGAUAAAACGCUUGCCUGCAAAACGGACCAGGAUCGUAGAACCGCCCUUCACUGGGCUUGUUCUGCUGGACACACCAACAUUGUGGAGUUUCUGCUUGACCUGGGAGUUGAAGUGAAUCUGCAAGAUGAUGCUUCGUGGUCUCCUCUUCACAUUGCUGCAUCUGCAGGCAGAGAAGACAUAGUGAGAUCUCUAAUAUCCAAAGGAGCUCAGCUGAAUUCAGUUAAUCAGAAUGGAUGCACCCCUCUGCACUAUGCCGCCUCUAAAGACAGAUAUGAGAUUGCCUUGCUGUUGUUGGAAAACGGAGCAGACCCCAAUGCCACUGACAAGUUGGAGUCCACUCCCCUUCACAGAGCAUCCGCCAAGGGCAACUACCGUCUCAUCCAGCUGCUUCUCAAACAGAGCGCCUCAACUAACAUCCAAGACUCACAGGGCAACACACCACUCCACCUAGCAUGCGAUGAGGAGCGUGUGGAAGCAGCCAAGUUGCUGGUAGAACACGGAGCCAGCAUCUACAUUGAGAACAAAGAGGAGAAGACCCCCCUCCAGAUAGCCAAGGGUGGUCUAGGCAACAUACUUCGUCGGAUUGUGGAGGGGUGAUGCAUUUACUGACCUGCAAGUCCUAUUCCGGCUCGAUUCCCCACCAUUGCCAAGUUACAUAAUGAGAAUUCUGAGCCCAGUCAAUCCUCUUUGAGCGGCCUGGUGUGACACAUUUAGAUGUGUAACGUGUGGAAGAUGAGACAGAAAGGGAGAAAAGUUGGGCUGAACUGCUGAGUCCAACAGCUCCUCAGCAUGGGAUUUGAAGCUGAGCAGACCUUAGAUGUCUGAGCAAAAAGACUGUCCUGCACUAAGCGCAGUCUAACACUGCAGCCUAUUUUCUGUGAAGUCUGAAUUGGUCACAAAAAUGACUCAAUAAAAAUCAGCUAACGUUG